GCGGUGAAGCCGAUGAACGACGGUAGGAACUAACAUGACACGAUGGCUCGAAACGGAUAAACCCACUCACCAUCUCUGAGCAGACUUGCUCUCGCCGAUAGAAUACCUCCCAUUUUGGCGCGUAUGCAUGCAAGGUGUGAUUGCAACGAUUCCAAAUUUGGCACCCCGACUCGCACAGCCUUUACGUGAAAUCGGGCGCUAGAGGUCGAGGAUAGAUUGCGUCGCACAAGGAAUUGACCGGCUGCCAUAGGUCCCCAGAACCAUUGCCAUGGAACGGGACACAAGAUGCCUGCAUUCCUCGAAAGUGAUGCGGCGCCGAACUGGGGAAUUCCGAAAUAUUGGUACUCAUACAGCAAGCAACCCUCUGCGGAUCACCCGUGUGUGUGGCUUUGGGCGUUCCAUGUGCUGCACACCCAUCUGCUGUCGCACCCCUCAUUCCGUGUGGCCUUCCAGAAGGGGCCUGCAUGCUAACAUUUGCGCUACGUUCAUCUCAAACAACGAUAUCUUGCACGAAAGCAUUGACGGAGCGCCAACAAGGUCAAGCGACGGAACGAUCGUCUCCGGUACCAAGGAAGGGCCGGACCAUACCGCACAUUGUCGUAAUUGGACCAGUCGCAGACGCAGGAGACUUGUGUGCCAUGGCUGGCUCAUCUUCCCUGCUGAGGCUACCGCAUGUCUCAAUUGUUGCUUUCAUCGGUCUUCGAGCCCCUUUUCGUGAAAAGUCUGUGGGGGUAAUCGAACGUUUCGAGACUUGUGGAUGGCGGGAUGCCUCUCCGCGCUUACUCUUAAGAUUAGAUGCACUGAGCAAAACCAAGCCAACGGCCAGAAAGCCCCAAUAAUGACGAGUCGAAUGCCAAUCGAAAUACAAACCACAAACAUCAUCAGCACGCG